AUGCUAGCUCUCUCGUCACUCGUUCUCUCUUUGCUGUUGAUACUUGUGUCAGCAGACAACAGGAACCCUUAUAAAAUCCUUGGAGUCGGUAAGAAUGCUCCUGUGCAGAAGAUCAAGAAAGCAUUCCGUUCCCUAAGUCGGAAGCUGCAUCCGGAUCGUAACCCCAAUGAUGCCAAGGCGGCGGAGAAAUUUAGCGAUAUCACGUGGGCUCACGAAGUGCUGUCGAACAAUACCUUGAGGGCGGCCUUUGACCGAGGCGGCGAAGACGCAGUGAAGAUGAUGGAGUCGGGAAGACUACCGAACGCUGGUACACAGUUCGUGUUUCCAUCGGGCUUUGCCGGAGGCUUUCCCCGGGGCUUUCCCGGCACAGGGUACAAGUUCCAAACAACGGCCGGUGGGCACCCUUUUUUCGGAGGCGGCACGCAGUUAUCCAAGAUCGACUGGUUCCAGGACUCGGCCGUGGAAUUCAACACCAACGGCUUCGACGCCGCCACGAUCCAAGCCUCAUGGCCCGACAUCUUCUUCGUUAUUAGGGCCGAUGACUCCCGGACUGAAAACAUGGCCAAGGAGUUCGUCAACGUUGCAGAGAUAUACGACGCCUACUUGAACUUCCAAGCAAUAGAUUGUCGACCGGGUCGCGCGGGCAGUCAGUGCCAUGAGUUGAGUCGGCAUCGGGGUCAUCCGUUCGAGACGGCGGUCGUGUUUGGAACGGGUGAGUCGUCGACGCGAGUAGCAUAUUCGUCUCCGAAGUUUAUGGCGGCGUCUGAGUUGCAGCGUUGGGUGGACGAUAGGGUGCCUGGUGUGUCUGCUCGGGCGGGUUCUGCUCGUGCAUUGAGCGGGUUGGUAGUGAAGGGUAAACCGACGGUGGUGUUGUUGGCUCGGAGUGCGUCCGAGGUGCCAGUGCGGCUGCGCCAAUGGGCGAGUGAGCAGAAGGAACGGGCGGUAUUUGUGUUGUGUUCUUCGGCCGGACUGCGAGCCCAGUUACUGGAUGCCGUGGUAGAGCAACCCGGACCGGGUGGGGAAACGCUAAGUGACGGUUGGGCGUCCUUAGCGGUGUUGGUUGCUGACCCAAAGCACAUCGCGCCGGAAACCGUUGAGUGGGUGGACAUGAAGGAAAGCGAGUAUAUCGUAGACUGGAUCCUUGCCAAGUGGGUUGGACUUGCCAAGAAACAAGUCGGACCCUAUUCUGCCAAGGUCGUUAAAAAACUCACACCCGACAUACAGCAAGGACACUGCAACGAGAAAGAUACACAAUGGUGCCUUAUCUACACCGGACCACUCGACCAUGCCUUAUACCAAGAAUUCAAAGACGCCAUACACCACACAGUACAAGCCAAAUAUUACUACCUAGACAACCACAACCGCAAUACCUUCGACUUCAUACGCGCCUUCGGCAUACCCACGGGCAAACCCAGCGUCAUUGCACUCAAAGGCAAACGACGGAAAUUCUUAACGUUCACCGCAAACCCCCGCGGACAACAAGCAAGCGCAAUGCAACCAGCGAGCGCAACACAACCACUGGGCGCUUCCUCACUCAUCGAAUGGCUCGAGAGCCUGCACGACUCUGGCAUCCUCAUGCGGAACGGCCAAAUCCUAUCGAAGGUACCGAAACUAGUCUAG